AUUUUUCAGUCCACUGAUUGGAUUAGGAUAUUCCUAUUAAUUAACUCUCUGACAACGGAAAAAACUUUUCUUUGUUAUUGGUUGAGUUUACCGCUUUGACCAGGUGUAAUGUUCAUAUAAUAUACUUCGCACGCGCGCUCUUCCCACAUCCAACAUAUUGAGCUUCAAUUGUCAAUGCCAGUAGUUUUGUGAGGGAGUUUAUAUAUAUAGAUAUGCCACAAAUGAAAAAGUGGUCGGUUCGCGUAAGGCAAGGAAAGGCGUAUGUAUAUGUUGCUGGAAAGCCGCUAGCAAAGACAGGCGUCGAGUAUCAUCAGUGCUGCCGGCGUGAAAAAUGAGGAUAAUAAGCCUCUCAAUUAAGGGAAUAUAUUAGCAGGCAUGAACGAGACUGUUGAAGGACUUGAAGCAUUUGUUGUCUUCAUGCAUGCUUCGGUAUCUGGGCGAAUUCUGCCAGAACACUUCAACUUCACGUUUGGCAAGGUCCCAAACUUCAUUUGUGUCAAUUCGGCAAACAGAGAAUUUGAGACAUGUUUGCGGCUGGUAGAAAUGUUCAGUCACUCGGGUGACUGGAUAUUGGAUGUUAAUUUACCCGAAGCUGGCGGUGUUGCAGCAGUCACGAUCAAACGCAAUUGCCUCAUUCUGGUAAAAACAGAAGAGGAGGAACGAGAGGCCAGGCGAAAGUUGAAAGAACUUUAGAACCUAUAAAUCUAUAUAUAUAUUAUAUAUCUUCAUUGUGUGCUGGGUAUUCCCGGCUCUACGUGCGAAAACAUACAAUAACGAAAAUUUAAU